AAGGGAAUUUAUGUUUCGAAUUUUGUGAGGUGAAAGCAUACUGCGUUCAGUUCAGCAUGGCGGGCAACUUCUGGCAGAGCUCUCACUCUCAACAGUGGAUUUUGGAUAAACAGGACUUGCUGCGCGAGCGCCAGUUCGAUUUGCAAUCCUUAACGGAGGACGAGUACCAGAAAGUGUUCAUCUUUUUUGCCAAUGUCAUUCAGGUACUCGGCGAGCAGCUCAAAUUGCGCCAGCAGGUUAUUGCCACCGCCACGGUCUACUUUAAACGCUUCUAUGCGAGAAACUCUCUUAAGAACAUCGAUCCACUGCUACUGGCGCCCACCUGCAUCCUGCUCGCUUCCAAAGUAGAGGAGUUUGGUGUUAUAUCCAACUCGCGACUGAUUUCAAUUUGCCAGAGCGCCAUCAAGACGAAAUUUAGCUAUUCGUAUACCCAGGAGUUCCCCUAUCGCACAAACCACAUACUCGAGUGUGAAUUCUAUUUACUUGAGAAUCUCGACUGCUGCUUGAUUGUCUAUCAACCAUAUCGGCCAUUGCUGCAGCUUGUGCAGGAUAUGGGUCAGGAGGAUCAGCUAUUGACGCUCAGUUGGCGUAUUGUCAACGACUCGCUGCGUACAGAUGUUUGUUUGCUCUACCCUCCAUAUCAGAUAGCCAUAGCCUGCCUGCAAAUUGCCUGCGUUAUACUGCAAAAGGAUGCAACGAAGCAAUGGUUCGCAGAGCUCAAUGUGGAUCUGGAUAAGGUGCAGGAAAUUGUACGUGCCAUUGUCAAUUUGUAUGAGCUAUGGAAGGAUUGGAAGGAGAAGGACGAAAUACAAAUGUUGCUGGCCAAAAUUCCAAAACCCAAGCCACCGCCACAGCGUUAGACACAAAACCAAUUCCAAUUUGUACUUUUUUUAAUUUAAUACACGCAAAACUUAUAACUUA